UUGUUUUGGCCAAUUUUAAUCAAAAUUAAUCAAAGUUCUCCAUAUUUGGUUGCUCUGUGGUACAGGGAAAUUAAGCCUAACAAUAUUUCUUGCUACUUUCAAGAGUUUAUUGAAGAAAUGAAACAUUUGUUAAGUAAAGGUUAAUUAUGGCGUUUUCCAAAGUAAAAUGGAUAGAACCACAUGCAAAUGGAUCUAGUAAAAUCCAAUAUGGGACGGUGCCAACAAACUGGAUUGAAGAAGAAGAAGGGCAAGAGUUUAUUCGUUGGCCUUGCAAUGCUAAAGAUGUAGAGCCGUACAUAAAGCGUUGCCAAAAUCCUGGCAUUAAUUGGUUGUUUUUUGUUUUAGUUCUACAUUUCGGGAGUGCAGACAGUUACAUAAAUUGUGAAUCAAUUAAAACAUGCUCAGAAUCUGAAUCUGACUACAAUUCGCAAUUGGGGAAAAGGAAAUAUAACCAAAUAGAUUCAUUUGCCUAUCAAAAGCAAUCAGAAAAAAGAUUAGCUAAUGCAAGAAAAUCGAAAACAAAGAAAUUGAGUUAUAGAAACAAGUGACGAUGAAGUCAGUUUUUCCAGUACACCAUUUCCAAAAUUAGACAGUAACAAUAGUUCCAUAAAGGUUUGGUUUUUUUCUGGUUUUUUUUCUCAUACUGAUGGACUAACAAUGGAUUAAUGAUAAAUUAUAGAUGAUGGUUCUUUUUGUGUAUACUCAUUCAAUAACUCAGCAACAAUUAGUUCCAGUGAAGGGGUCAGUAAUGUUGAAUUUCAUAAUAUUGAGUUGCCUGUGUAAUUGAAUUCUUUUAAAAAAUAUUUUUGUUGGUUAUUAUUGUGAUUAU